AUGAACAACGAGGAACAUCAGCCAAGACGCAACGAGAUAAAGUUCGAUGCAGCGGCAAGAUACAGGAAGGCCUUUCCUCUUGGGGUAAACAAUGUUCUGGACCAGGUCCGAGAAUCAUUAAACCUGGCUCUCGACGACGGCCUUUUCCGGCUCAGAGUCCAACUAAAUAUCCAUCAGUUCGAUCAAAGGCUGCAAUCAUUUUCUGACGGCAAGAUGCCAGAGCUGGUUGCGAUGAUCGGGGAGCUGUUGGUUGAGAGGGGAAUGAGACCGAGCAUUAUGUUCAACACGAUCAUGGAUGCAUCGAUCGCACGAACAGUCCUCCCAGAUCAUCUGCGAGAAAAGGUUUCGAUCAACGUGCUGGGGCUGGGAGAGUUUGGGGAAGAAUACGAUGCAGCGGUGUUGGUUGCCCCAAGUAACGAGGGCAAUGAGAACCUCCAGAGGAUCGAGGCAGUGGAGAAACUGAUAUAUUCAGGUCCUCCUAGGGGACUGGUAUCCCGGUCAGCAAGGGCAAAGUACAUGCAAAGACCGAUCAUCCUGAUCAACCCCGUGCUUGAAGCCAUCCACUCCCUGUCUACUCCGCAUAGCAAAGUGCCGCCCAUGUUCAUGAGUGACUUUGAUGUCGUGUACUUCUUGCAGUUACAGGCUUCAAUGGUCCGCGUUCGCAUUGGAAAUGCAGGUGAAUCAGUGUUCACACCGUGUGGCUCGUUGAAAUUUUUCGGUCUAUUCCAUCAUGUUGAAAUUUUGCAGCUCUGGAUUGAAGCCAAUGAUGGACAAGAGCGAGGUGUCAGUCAAAGAAGGCCAUGGAGAGGAUUCCGCUUGAUCUGGGAGAAGCCAAACUCCUUAUCUUCACAAGACGCUGCUUUGUUGGACGAUCUAAGGGACUGCCUCCAUCAAAGAUGGCAACCUUAG